CGGUAACACGAGUUUUCCUUCAUACAACGCCACAGACUAUGUUGUUUUUAUUCUGUGACUAACUGUCAUAUUUGUUCAUUCUUUUCUAGCAGCGUUUUAGAAACGGAAACAUGAAAGCAAAAGGAGAGUUAAAGGAAUAUGAGGUUAUCGGGCGCAAAUUGCCAACCGAAAAGGAGCAAAACACUCCCCUCUACAAAAUGAGGAUCUUUGCCCCGGAUCCCAUCGUGGCCAAGUCGAGGUUCUGGUACUUCUUGCGGCAAUUGAAGAAGUUUAAGAAGUCCACUGGGGAAAUAGUCUCGGUGAAGCAAAUUCCCGAAAAGACCCCAGCAAAAAUUAAAAACUUCGGUAUUUGGUUGCGGUAUGAUUCGCGAUCGGGCACCCACAACAUGUACCGGGAGUACCGGGAUUUGAGCGUCAGCGGAGCCGUUACCCAGUGUUACAGGGACAUGGGAGCGAGACAUCGUGCUAGGGCUCACUCCAUUCAAAUCAUUAAAGUGGAAGAAGUGAAGGCGGCGGAUACGAGACGGCCCCAAGUGAAGCAGUUCCACGAUUCGAAAAUACGUUUCCCCCUGCCGAAACGUAUCCAGCACAAAUCGAUGAAUAGAUUCUCUGUGCGCAAACCCAGAACUUAUUUCCUGUAAUGUGUUCUUUGUUUGUGGUUUAAAUAUAAUAUUAAUAACAA